AUGGCACCCUCACAGACGUCAAACAGCGGCGGCGGCCUGACGCGGCUGCUGAUGAUCAUCGGCAUCGUGAUCGGCGCGCUCACGCCCGUCUACUACCUGCUGGAGCGCAACCUCGAGAGCUUCUACCUCUUCGACAGGGAGGAGCUGCAUGCCGUUGCCAAGCGCAACGUCGAGACCUUCGGCAACGACACGCGCGCUAUAGUACAGAGCAUCGUCGCCGAGCUGCACGGCAAGUACCCCGACAACGUCAACCCGGACCACAGCGAGUGGUUCUUCAACAACGCCGGCGGCGCCAUGGGGGGCAUGUACAUCAUCCAUGCCAGCAUCACAGAAUACCUAAUAAUCUUCGGAACCACAAUCGGCACCGAGGGCCACACGGGCCGGCACACGGCGGACGACUACUUCCACAUCCUGACGGGGUCGCAGCAGGCGUACGCGCCGGGCGACUACGAGCCCGAGGUCUACCUGCCGGGCAGCGUGCACCACCUGCGCCGGGGGGUCGUCAAGCAGUACAAGAUGCCCGACGGCGGCUGCUUCGCGCUCGAGUACGCCCGCGGCUGGAUCCCGCCCAUGAUGUUUUUUGGGUUUGCCGACGGCCUGUCCAGCACCCUCGACUUCCCCACCCUGUGGCGCACUACGUAUGUGACCGCGCGCGAGAUGGGCAAGAAUCUGCUGGCCGGCAAGUUUUAG